GAGUCCAAUUCACCUUCAACACCUUCCACCUGGAGGAUCACCAUGACUACCUCCUCAUCACAGAGAACGGAAGUUUCGUCCAGCCUCUGGCGCGCCUCACGGGUAAUGAGCUGCCCUCCCCCACCAACGCAGGGCUCUACGGGAACUUCAAGGCCCAGCUGCGGUUUAUAUCUGACUUUUCUAUAUCCUAUGAGGGAUUCAAUAUUACCUUCUCUGGUGAGUAGGAGGAUUGUGUGUGUGUGUGUGUGUGUGUGUGUGUGUGGUGUGUGUGUGUGUGUGUGUGCGAGCAUGCACGCAUGUUGUUGAUCUCCUCUGUACUUCAGUGUGCUGCUCAAUUCAUGCACCUUGGUGGGAAAGCGAGGUAGUUGAUCCAAGGCCUUGGGUAAGACAAAUGCGUGUGUGCACACGUGCACGCUUGUGUGUGUGAUUUGAGGGAGAAAGAGAGAGAGAGAGGAAGAGAUAGAGAUUGAUGGGGCAGUCGCUUUGCUGUUUCUGCUUAUUAAAGUCUUACUAAAGUCUCCUAGCAGACUGAGUGCUUCUUUCCGCCUAGCUUCACAUGCCUCCAGUGCUCUGUCCAGCGCUCUGACAUCCCCUACCUCACCACAGAGACACACAUCUUCAAUACCUUUCAGUUAGUCAUCCCUGAAGUGUUUUGGGGUCAUAUAGAAAGAUAUUGUACCUUUAUAAAUCUGAAGUGUCCUUCAGGAUGUCACCCCUUCUGAGACAUAAAGCAGAUAGAUGUUGACAGGGUUUGUUGACGGCGUUUAAUAGUGUGUGUGUGUUUGUUUGUGUGUGUGUGCGUGUGUGUGUGUUUGUGUGUGUGUGUGUGUGUUUGUUUGUGUUUGUGUAUAUUCAUUGUGAGUGUGUGUGUGUGUAUUCAUUGUGUGUGUGUGUGCGUGUGUACUGUACAUCAGGGUUUGUUGACGGCGUUUAAUAGUGUGUGUGUGUUUGUGUGUGUGUGUUUGUGUGUGUGUGCGUGUGUGUGUGUGUGUGUUUGUGUGUGUGUGUGUGUGUUUGUUUGUGUUUGUGUAUAUUCAUUGUGAAUGUGUGUGUGUGUGUAUUCAUUGUGUGUGUGUGUGCGUGUGUACUGUACAUCAGGGUUUGUUGACGGCGUUUAAUAGUGUGUGUGUGUGUGUUUAUGUGUGUGUGCGUGUGUGUUUGUGUGUGUGUGUGUUUGCUUGUGUUUGUGUAUAUUCAUUGUGUGUGUGUGUAUAUUCAUUGUGUGUGUGUGUGUGUGUGUAUAUUCAUUGUGUGUUUGUGUGUAUGUGUGUGUGUGUGUGUAUAUUAAUUGUGAGUGUGUGUAUUCAUUGUGUGUGUGUGUGUGUGCGUGUGUGUGUGUGUGUAUAUUCAUUGUGUGUGUGUGUGUGUGAGUGUGUGUAUUCAUUGUGUGUUUGUGUGUAUGUGUGUGUGUGUGUGUGUGUGUGUAUUAAUUGUGAGUGUGUGUAUUCAUUGUGCGUGUGUGUGCGUGUGUGUACUGUACAUCACAGGUGACAGGUAGAGUGCGUCCUAAAUGGUACCCUAUUCCUUUAUAGUGCACUACUUUUAACCAGAGCCCUAUGAAUACAACUUGGAGUAUACACUGCAUUCAAACAAACCCUCACUGAAUGUACAUGAUCGAAAAGUUUGACUUGACACAACUUCCUUCUUCUUCAGAGUACAACUUGGAGCCAUGUGAGGACCCGGGGAUGCCACGGUUCGGCCGGAGGAACGGCUACAGCUUCAGCAUCGGGGACGCCCUAACGUUCUCUUGCAACACGGGCUACCGGCUGGAGGGGGUGCCAGAGGUGAUCUGCCUUGGAGGGGGGAGGCGCAUGUGGAGCGCACCUCUGCCAA